GAAGGGGCGGGACGUCGGCUACGGCGGCCCGGAGGGAUGUGGCUGCGGGCGGCGGCCGCGGGCCGGGCCCUGCGGUGCGGGGCGGCGGCGGCGGCGGGGGGGCGGCGGCAGCGGAGCGGGGCGGGCAGCCCCGACCGCGGCCCCCGCAGCGAGCGGGCCCCCAGGAUCUACACGAAGACGGGAGACGCAGGCUUCUCCAGCACCUUCACCGGGGAGCGGCGGCCGAAGGGCGACCGGAUCUUCGAAGCUCUGGGAGCCACGGACGAGCUGAGCUCGGCCAUCGGGCUUGCUGGUGAAUUUGGCAGUGAAAAGGGCCACACAUUUGUUGAGCAGCUUCACAAAGUCCAGUGCAUGCUGCAGGAUGUGGGCUCCAACAUCGCCACGCCGCUCUCCUCAGCCAGGGAGGCUCACUUAAAACGAACAUCUUUCAGUGAGAAGCCAGUUCUGGAGCUGGAGCAGUGGAUUGACAGUUACUCAGAGCAGCUUCCUCCACUCAGAACUUUCAUCUUGCCAGUAGGAGGUAAAAGCAGUGCUGCUCUCCACUUCUCCCGAGCUGUCUGCCGCAGAGCUGAAAGGUGCGUGGUUCCUUUGGUACAAGCAGGGGAAGCAGAUCCAAACGUGGCCAAAUACUUAAACAGACUGAGCGACUACCUCUUCGUUCUGGCACGUUACGCUGCAAUGAAGGAAGGGAAGGAAGAGAAAAUAUAUAUAAAGCCUGAGCUGUAACUGGGAGCUGGAACGUUUAUUUCCUUGAUUAUGGGAAGCUAAAUCCAGCAGAGUGCUUUCCCUCAUCAAGGAAGGGAAGGAGAACAAGCCUGGAUUGGAAAUGUGAG